GAGCUCAUCGCAGCAGUAACGGAGCGCAGAGACCCGACAGAAAGUGUGAGUGCGAGACAAGCAAACUGCUGGGUGACUGCUACACUCGCUUUAGUUUGUAGAUGAACAGCAAACGUGAAAGAUUGAAAAGGCCUUUCGAAACGACAGUCGCACGGUUAACCGGUUUUUCAUCUCGUCCAAACGAAGUUACGACCAAUUUUAACAUUUAACAAAAAAUACGGAAAAUAAACGAAAAUAAAAAUACCUAAUUAAAAAUUGCAAAAGCUAUUAAUAAAUUAAUUAAUUGAAGAAGAAUAUUUGACUAAUCUGCAAAAGAAAAACAAAACCGAAAUCAGAUAAAAUGGGUUGUGCCACUACGACAGUGAAAAUUUCUUCAAUCGCUUUCAAUAUUAUUUUGGCGCUCUUUGCCAUUGCAUCGAUAAUUGUGAUUUCCUUCAAUCCCGAUUCUAUGCGUGAGGACAUAGCAAUCGGUGCCUACAUUGCAUGCUCGCUCAUUGUGUUCUUUGCCUUUUUGGGAUGUUUUGCUGCCAUCCGUGAGUCGGUGUGUCUGACAGCAACAUGUGCAGUUUUCUUAUUGGUGCUGGCGGCUGUACAAAUUGCCCUGACCUGCGUGGGAAUGACUGACACGGGAGUCCGGAGUGCUGUCGAAACCGUCGAUAAGGCAUGGGAAUCGAAUGCCAUGGAUGCCAUUCAAAGUGAACACGAAUGCUGUGGCAAAAUCAGCCCAAAUGAUUAUAUUACCCUGAACAAGGCCAUACCAAUCAGUUGCUAUAUUGAUGAAGAUGCCUCCAAGACCUCGAAUCUGUUUUUCGAAGGCUGCAAGGAUAAGCUACAACGGCACUAUGAAAGCGAAGCGUACAUAUUUACUGUUGUUUCAUGGUCCCUGGUGGCGUUUGUGAUAAUUGGAUUCCUGCUGGCCGUGUUCUUGGCCAUCAGUUUCCGCAACACUCAAAGACGCAUGCAAUUUUAAGAAUUCCAUUAGACUUCGUCACCUACCUACCUAACUAUCUACCGACUAACUUUAGGAAGUACAAAUUUAUAAUAAAUUUGGCAUCUCAUUCUCACUUCUUGAAACGCUAAUGUAUUUUUUGUAAUGUUAAAUGUAUUUUAAAUUUGAAUUGAUUGGAGAAGACGCGACCACCAACACCGACCCCCCAAACUCUACCACCGAAUCGUAUAUUUUUUAUUCUCAAAUAUUUACAAAAUUACACAUUGAAUAUGAAUUAAUUGUUUAAACUAGAAUGCGAAACAAGUGCAAUUUAUUAAAAGUCUUAUUGUUGGUUAUUCAAAAACAAAACGUAUUUUAUAAGUAAAGAACGAAAUGUUUGUUCACCCCUCCUCCUCCUCUAUCUAUAUGUGUAUGUAUUUUAAAUUUUUUGAUUUAGUUUUUUAUGUAUAAAUGUUUUAUUCUCUGCGUGUGUAUUUAUUUUUAUAAAUGUCUGUUAACUGUGUUGUAAUUUAUUUAGUAAUUUAUUUACAAAGACAAUGAAACAAAAUAAAAAAAUCUAAGAAAUAAACAAAAAAAA